AUGGGUUUCUUCUAUUUGAUUCUUGUUAACUUGCUGGUCUUGAAUGCUAGGCAUUGGUCCAUUGAUAAAAAACCUAACUUAUGGGAAACAGAAGAUCUAGUUGCUAAUUUGCCGGGUCAACCUAUGGUGAACUUUCGGCACUAUGCCGGAUAUGUCACCGUGAAUGAACAAAACGGAAGAGCACUUUUCUACUGGUUUUAUGAAGCCUCUGCUCUCCCUGAUGAGAAACCUUUAGUCCUCUGGCUUAAUGGAGGUCCUGGAUGUUCUUCUGUUGGAUAUGGAGCAACACAAGAGAUUGGACCUUUCCUUGUGGACACAGAUGGACAUGCCUUAAAAUUUAAUCCUUAUUCAUGGAACACAGAAGCAAACUUGUUGUUCCUGGAAUCUCCUGUUGGUGUUGGCUUUUCAUACUCAAAUACAAGUACCGAUUAUGAUAACAUAGGAGAUGACUUUACAGCACAAGAUGCUUAUAUUUUCCUGCACAAGUGGUUCCUCAAGUUCCCAUCAUAUAGAAAGCGAACCUUCUAUAUAGCUGGGGAGAGUUAUGCAGGCAAAUACGUACCUGAGCUGGCCGAACUUAUCCAUGACGAGAAUAAAAAUUCUUCACUUUUCAUUGAUCUUGGUGGCAUACUGCUAGGUAAUCCUGAAACAUGUGAUGCUGAAGACUGGAAAGGUCUUGUGGAUUAUGCUUGGAGCCAUGCUGUGAUUUCAGAUGAAACCCACAAAAUUAUCAAGGAAUCUUGUGAUUUUUAUAGCAAUGACACAUGGAGCAAUGAAGCUUGUAGUCAGGCCGUGGAUGAAGUUCUUAAACAGUACAAGGAGAUAGAUAUCUAUAGCCUAUAUACAUCAAUCUGUAUUGGCAAUUCAACAAAUUCCGAAGACAUAUCAAUGCAAGUCAUGUUCAGGAGCACUUCUAAAUUGAUGCCAAGGAUCAUAGGCGGCUAUGAUCCAUGCCUUGACGACUAUGCAAGAUACUAUUACAACAGAGCUGAUGUGCAGAAAGCCCUCCAUGUUAGUGACGGUCAGCGCCUUAGAGGCUGGAGCAUUUGCAACAUGACUAUCUUUAAUGGCUGGUCAGAUUCAAAGGAAUCUAUGCUCCCUAUAUACAAGAAACUCAUUGCUUCAGGACUUAGAAUUUGGGUGUAUAGUGGAGACACUGAUGGAAGAGUCCCCGUCUUGUCCACAAGAUACAGCUUAAGUUCCAUCGGUCUUCGCAUUACACGAGCGUGGAGGCCCUGGUACCAUCAGAAACAGGUUGGUGGCUGGCUUCAGGAGUACGAGGGGGUUACUUUUGCUACAUUUAGAGGAGCCGGUCAUGCUGUGCCCAUUUUCAAACCAAGCGAAUCACUUGCAUUCUUCUCAGCAUUUCUAUCUGGGGAGUAUCCACCUCUCCAACGUUAGAUCAAACAAAAUUUUCCUAUUUUUAGUGUACUUUUCCAAGAGUUUUUUGCUCUUCUACUACUGUAAUUCGCGGCAUACAUAUACAUAACU